CUCGUCGAUCUUGAAUUGCGUCAGUCGAACGCCGAUUUGGCUACCUCCUCUAACCCAAAUCUGACUCGAGCCGGACUUGAUUAUUUGGGCAUUACCGGUGAGCUGGACCUCAAUCAGUCGCGGCGUGGAUCAUCCACAAUCUGUGCUACACGGGAUCGAAGUUCGGCACAGGCCACGAUCAGCUACAAAGAAUUAUACGUCCUUCCGUUUUGUUAUUAUGACCAAUUUCGACUGGUGCUGCGCAGUUGUCUGGAUACUGAAUUGGCUCCGUUAUGUAUCCACGUUUGGAAAAAUCUACCCACAGAUGUGAGCAAAUCCAACUUUGUUUCCAGUCUGCUUCUGGUCACUACCGAGCUUCGAUGCCACUUGCAGCUGAUUGUCAACCUUUUGAAAAGGGACAUAACUGCGGAACAACCGAGUACGUCUUUAUCUAUUCACACUCGUUCUCUCUCCCUGUGA